GGAGCUUGGGCGUGAACGAUCUGUUGACCUACUCAAAGACGAGUGUAUGGAGUCUUCAAAUAUCCGACAGCUGAGUGUAGAACGCGAACGCAGCAUCAGCUGUCGCUGUGCAGUUGAGGCGUUUUCCCCCCCUCACUGUGUAAUCGACCGCAAGACAUGGAUGUGUUCCUAAUGAUCCGACGUCACAAGACGACCAUCUUCACAGAAGCCAAAGAGUCCACUUCAGUGUACGAGCUGAAGCGCAUCGUGGAAGGAAUCCUCAAGAGGCCGCCUGAGGAGCAGGUACUUUACAAGGAUGACAUGGUGCUGGAAGACUCUCAGACUCUGGGAAACUGCGGCUUUACAAACCAAACAGCGCGGCCUCAGUCACCCGGCACCGUGGGACUGGCGUUCCGUCUAGAUGAUUCAGUCGAGCAGCUGACUAUCGAGCCCUUCUCCAUCCCCCCUGAACUCCCCGACGUCAUGAAGCCACAGGACUCGAGCGGCACGGCCAACGAGCCGGCCGUACAGUGAGGAAGAAAGGGGGGCGAGGGAGGGAGGAAUGGGGUUGCGUCGUGGCGAGGGAGGAAACAAUUUGGGAAGCGACGCCUCAGCCGGCUCGUCUUGCGGACAACAGAUCCUGAGCUGGACAGAAACAAACCCGGGUUGUAGUGCGUGCGUGCGAGCGAUGCGUUUGUGUGCUUGCUAGCUACAUUUUCACACACUGGUCACAACACUGUCACCUGGUAGAGGCGCAACAUGUAAACACCUUACCUCCUAUUUAAUUCAGUCCAGUCUUUAUUUGUGCUGCCUUACUCGUGCGUCUGUUUUUUUACCGGCUUCAAUGUGGCCGUCAACCAGGAGAGACAUUUUUAUUAUUAUUUUGCGCUAUUUGUUUAUUAAACUAUUAUUACUACGAUUAUUUAGUAUUAUUAUUUACCGGCUUGUCUUUGGGUCUCAAGAACAAAUUCACGCUGAUCAUUUUCUACAACACAAAGACUGCAGAAAUGAACUAGCGGCCAUGUUUAUCCCAAUGGUACACAUCCUGGCUAAUGUUUGUAGCACUCAGCAUCUUGUCUACUUUAAUCCGCGGGCCUGCUAAAUGUGUAUAGACUCAAGAAAUGUCAGUUGUGGAAGUAGAGGCCACAAUUGUCGUUGACUGUAAACUAUUUAUACAUGGACACAAAUUUUUUUCCUGAAAUCAAAACAAAGAGAAAAGGAGCAGCAAAAACUUUGGCAUGAAAGUGUAAUAUUUCUGGUUUAGAAUUGAUCUGCAACUGCAAAGCCAAAUCCUCCGUGAGUCAUUUGGGCGACACCUUAAGAACGCUUGAAUGAAGUUUUUGACAGGAUGCACUGUCAAAAUUGAUUUGAUUCAAUAUUAAAAUAAGCGUUUUCUCA